AUGGCGUAAGAUGAGUCCACGCGGCUGUUCAUUUACGGUUUAAUAAUCUGUUUUUCUGCUUAUGUGGUUUGCGUAUUGCGCGGUAUUCAAAUCUGCUAAAAAACAGAAUUACCUUUUGGUGACUGAUUUGACUGUGAAAAAGACGAUGCCAGCUGUAUUAGUUGUACACGGUGGAGCAUGGGCCAUACCUGAUGACCUGGCCUCCGCCUCCGUCAGUGGAGUGAAAGCUGCAGCGUGUGAGGGUUUUUCUGUGCUAAAGAAAGGGGGUAGUAGUCUUGAUGCUGUAGAGGCAGCGGUGAGAUCUCUGGAAGACAACAAUGUGUUUAAUGCAGGGCACGGAGCAGUGCUUAAUAGUGAAGGAGAGGUGGAGCUUGAUGCCAGCAUAAUGGAUGGGAAGACACUUGGAAGUGGUGCAGUCUCUUCAGUGAAGAACAUUGGCAAUCCAGUGUUACUUGCACGUGCUGUAAUGGAAAAGACAGACCAUGUGAUGCUGACAAGCAGAGGGGCAAACCUGUUUGCAGAGAGUAUUGGAAUGGCCACAGUUUGUCCGGAGGAACUUGUUUCAGAGUUUGAAAGAAAGGAAUGGGAGAAACACAAGAAUUAUGUGACUGGGGUUAAGGAGGACUUCAAUGCAAUGUGGGCCCAUGACACUGUUGGAGCAGUGGCUGUGGACUCUGCUGGAAAUGUUGCCUGUGCCACAUCUACUGGAGGCAUCAGAAAUAAAAUGGUUGGCAGAGUGGGAGACUCCCCAGUAAUUGGUUGUGGGGGGUAUGCAGACAAUUUCAGUGGUGCUGUGUCAUGCACUGGCCAUGGAGAGAGUAUUCUCAAAGUUACUUUAGCCAGACUUAUUAUUUCACACAUGGAACAAGGUAAAACUGUGGCAAAGGCCUCAGAGUUAGCCCUGAAGUACAUGGGAGAUCGUGUCAAUGGAGCUGGCGGUGCCAUUGUGGUCUCUCCAUCUGGGCAGUGGGCUGCUACAUUCACCACUGAGAGAAUGGCCUGGGCAGCUGUAGAGAAUGAUACUUUGUGGUACGGUCUAAAUCCUCAAGAAAAAUGUCAAGAAUCUUUAACUUAAUUUUUACAUAUUUCCAUUUUGUAAAAUUUAACUAUGAUUUUUUUCUAGGGGCAUUUUGUAAUUGUAAAACUAUCAUUAUUUUACUGUGUCCUUUUAUAACAAUGGUUCAAAUAUUUUAACAAUUUCAGGAUUAUGAAUACAUAUCAUCUACCUAUCAGCUCUUUACAUAUAU